CAUGAACUGGGUUGUGUAGGUCACAGUGGAAGCUGUAAAGCAAGAGAAACAGCACAAGAGUUUAAAAAGGGCAGGGAUGAACAACAACACCAGGCAAAACAACAUCAAGACCAGUUGAAAGCAGCCAAGGAGCAAUUGACUACCAUAGUUGCCAAAAUACAUAAUUUGAAAGGGCCUUUCCAAAGGAGAUUGGAUGGUGUACUAGAAAGGAUGAAUUUAAAGAGGCAAGUGUAUCAUAAAGGGGCUCUGGUUGGUAAUGAUGUUGCCAAAAUUCUCCACCCUGAAAACGUGGGAAAAAUUGUAAAUUGUUUAAAACCACUCAGAGUGAAUCUUCAAAAUGGAGAACAUAAAGUUUUCAGUGAUCAAAGAAGCAUAAACAAGGUGUCAACAUUUUUGACAAAACUUUCACACUGUCUCCAGCUGUACUCACCCAGUACUCCUCUCUGUCACCAUGAGGUAGCCUUCCUUGUGGUCCGAUGUGCUAGCUUUGGUCACUGGUUUCCUAUAGACUUUCCAAACACCAACUUGCUUCGAAAGUUUCAUGUGUUAACUUUCCAUGUCCCUAAGAAAGCCAUUUGCAAGCACACUAUGGGCGUGGAAGCUGAACACUGCUCAGAAAAUCUUGGUCAGCUGAACUCAUGA